AUGAAUUCAACACAGAUUUUGUAUUUUAUUCUUAGUGCCCACAUGGAUACCAAACUGUUGAAAUAUGUCUGUUUUUUUGUUGUAAUGUCUUUAUAUGUUUUCAUCAUCUGCUCUAACGUUCUGCUGAUCGUGGUCAUCUGUGUGAACAGGAGUCUGCAUGAACCCAUGUACAUGUUCCUGUGCAGCCUGUUUGUGAAUGAGCUGUACGGAAGUACAGGCUUGUUUCCGUUCCUGCUCGUCCAGAUUCUCUCUAAUAUUCACAUUAUUGCUGCUCCAUUUUGCUUCCUGCAGAUUUAUUGUAUUCAUACCUAUGGAACGGUAGAAUUUUAUAUCUUAGCGGUCAUGUCUUACGACAGAUAUUUUGCCAUUUGUCAUCCCCUACAGUAUAACACUCUAAUGACAGUGAAGAAAGUAACAGUUUUCAUAGCAGUGUCGUGGUUAGCUGCACUUCUUGGAUUUCUUUCCACGAUGUUGUUGGGUUUCUCUCUGCAGCUGUGUGGAAACAUCAUUAACAAAGUUUACUGCGACAACUACUCUAUUGUUAAACUGGCCUGCUCUGAUACUACAGUCAAUAAUGUUUAUGGACUAGUUGGUACUGUGGUCUGCACCUUUAUUCCUGUUAUUCUCAUCCUUUACACGUACAUCAGGAUUCUUAAAGUGUGUUUCUCUGGAUCGGAGCAGACCCGACAGAAAGCAGUGAACACGUGCACGCCUCACCUCGCCUCUCUGCUCAACUACUUCUGUGGAGUUUGUUUUGAAAUUCUGCAGAGCAGGUUUAACGUUAGCAACAUUCCCAUUAUUGUACGAAUAGUUUUAUCCUUGUACUUCCUGAUGUGUCAGCCACUUAUUAACCCUUUGAUAUAUGGUCUGACGUUGUCCAAAAUCCGUUGCAUAUGGAAAAGUCUGUUUUUGAUUAAAAGGAAAUAA